AUGCAUGAUCAAGUCGAAAAGUUCAAGGUAUCGUGGGAUGAGGAAAAUCAAGAACGGACAAGCUCUCAGAUUUUGAGCGAAACCCAAUUGGCCGGGCUCGAAAAUCAAAACGAUCUCCUUAAAGAAGAGAACACGUGUAAGAAAAAGGAAACAGAGCAAGAACUCGAUAAAGCUUUGAAAGCGCAGUUCGAAAUAUCCGUCUUGCAUAAAUUUAUAAAAGGUAUGGAAGAGAAGAACUACUCGCUCAUUAUUGAGUGUCAAAAACACGUCGAGGCAUCGAAAUUGGCGGAGAAAUUGAUAUCCGAACUGGAGGGUGAAAGUCUUGAGCAGCAAGUUGAAUCUGAGUUCCUAUUGGAUGAAAUCGAGACACAAAAAAUACACUUAGAGCAAGAGUCGAAACUCAUGGCUGAGAAGCUUAGGGCUGUCGAACACGGAAAAAAUGAAUUUGUGGAAAUAAAUGGGAAAUUGAAGUCGGACGCGAGUGAAGGUCGUAAAGAAGCUGCUGUACUCGAGGCUGAAUUCGGGAGUCUUUGUGUCAAACAAGCUGAUUUGCAGAAGGCGUAUAAUGCAUUACAAGCAGUUUACUCGAAAGUGAAUCAAGAAAAUACGUAUUUGUGGAAGAAGUUUUCGGGUCUGAAAGAUGAGAAAUACGAGUUAGAUCGGUAUAAAGAUGAUGCAAUUCUUGAUUUUUUAUCAUCUGCUAAUGUAUCUGAAGUCUUGAGGAGUCUCGGGAGAGAGAAAAUCGAAGAAGUGAAAUUACUUCUCGCAGAUCUGAGCCGACAAAAUAAGGUCAAUGUUAGCCUCGAAAAGGUAAUGAGUGUGUUGAUAGGGAAGCUUGAGUUGCAAAAGGCGGAAAAUUUAGCCCUGAAAGAUGCCGUUUUUAGCUUGGAAAUCGAGAGGGAUGUGGUCAGAGAAUACAAUGUUCGAAUGAACCAGGAUGUAAUAAAUGGUAAAGAGAGUUUGCUUCAAACACAAGCAGAGCUCUUCGAUGCAGAAACGAAGCUCGAAGCUGCGGAAAAAUCGAACUUAGCUCUGUGCACAACAAUGGCCGAAAUGAAGAAGAAAAUAAAACUAGAGAGCAGAAUUUGAGCAACGAAUUCGAGCUAUGGGAAGUUGAAGCAUCGACGUUUUGCUUUGAUCUUCAGGCUUCGAUCCUACCCCUGAGCUCGAUAUUGGUUAAUAG